GAUCCUGACUUUCUCAGUAAACCUGGUCUUCUUGCUCAAACUCGCAGCACAAUGCGUGAACUCCAGCAGAGUGUAUAUCCGCAGCACAGACGCAGCUCUGGAUCUGAGAUUAUUCCAGAAAUGCUGCCGUUAUCAAUCCACAACUAAACUGGAACUUUUUCUCGGUGGAGCAGCAGAUUUGAGGAUGACAACUCAGUAGUCGAGACUCUGUCGUCAAGAUGAACCCUUCCUCUCUGGACUGGUCCAUUCAGAGCGCCCUGUCGUCUCUUUUCCCUCCGUUUGAGGCUACCGCUCCUACUGUUCUCAGCCAACUCUUUCGCACCAUUGAGGAACGUUACCAUGGAGAUGCACUGCAGUGCCUGCUGAACUUCCUUAUCCCAGCCAAACAUAUCCUAGAGAGUGUGCAACAAGCCGCCUGUGCUGCAUAUUCCGAUGUCCUGUUCCAGUGUGAGGGUUGGCCAUUGUGUUUGAGUGACCGUGUGGUGAUCCAACUUGCCGCCAUCAAUCCUUUGCUACUCAGACCUGGAGAUUUCUACUUGCAGGUGGAACCUUUCGGAGAACAGUCGGCCAGAAUUGUCCUCAAAAGUCUUCUUGUGCAGGAAGACCUCCUGGGGCAGGAGAAUCUGAUCUUGCAAGCAGGUUCCAGGGUGCUGGAGUGUCCUACAAUUGAAGAGACACCAAUCCUCGAGACCUCUUAUCCAUGCAUAUUCACAGAGUCCUGGCUAAGGGAAAUAAAUGAGGGGCGUCAAGGAAAUCGUCUUUCUAGAUGUGUACUGUCCUCUGACAAGGGGGUUGUGAAGGUACCUUGGACCGAAGUUGCCAACCCAGAAUUCCUUGACAGGCCAAAAUCGAACGUCUGGCCUGAUUCAAAGCCAUGUUCAACCGCAACAAUCCGCGUAAGAGAUCUUAAUACUGAGAUUUCAGAUAUCGAGUCUAAGGUAGUUGUAGAUUUCCUACCUCUGGAGAUGGAAACUAGGAUUGUUCCUGCAAUAGACGGCUUGGCGCUUUCUGUUCAGCUGGUUGAGAGUGGUAGCAGACUGGUGAAGGUUAAUCAAGCACAUACAAUUAGUAGUUUUGCUGGAAAACCUGUUGGCUGGGUCUCACCUAAUACCUGGGACAGCAGGCAAACACAGGAAUUGGAAGGAGAAUAUGUGGAUCUGCUGGAGUUCAACAAGGAGAAAGAGACUUUGGUGCCAAACAAAAUAGCAAUGCCCAUGAAGCCAUUAGGCUUCAAGCUAGUCAGGACAGCUCAACCUUCCUCAAAGAGCAAUGUUAGCAUAUGUGGCGUGGACUGUAAUCCAAACAAACAGCCAUCUGAGAUCAUGCAACACGAUCCAGAUUCCAAAUGCAGGUAUCGGCAGUCCUACAUGGCAGCUCUCAGAAACCCUGUGAAUUUUGAGAGAGCAAGUAUGCUGCCUUGUCUAGAUGAAACAAGGACGGAUGCAGGGAAGGCUGAGCCAAGCUGUGAGGGAUACGGAGUUGGCCUCAGACUUCAACCUUCGAGUUGUAUGUUUGGCCAGACACCAAACCAAGCAGACAGAAACCCGAUGCAAUCCUUUGAGAACUCAGCCCAACAAAAGCAAAGCCCAAAGAACUCGACACAGCCAAGUCAAAACGUGCCCCAUGACCGUAAGUCAAGGGAAAACGCAGACUCUCCUGACCAACAUAUGACCCAACUUAUCACAAGCAUGGUCCAAGCAAGACAGCAUCACAAGUCAUUCCUCACAGGGCAACCGGAUCUCCCUCAGACUGUACUGGGAACUAAGGCCUUACCAGAUAAAAGACAUCCCUGUCUGAACAACGCCAUUAGACAAGAUUCAUUUCACAUGCGGAUUAGUGGCCAGAAGCAUGCCAAAACCCAACACUUACCCAAAAUGGGACUCAGGGCUUUACCUGACCACGGUGGUCACAGACAUGAUGCUAAUCUAUGUUUACAAGGUUUCUCUCCUAUUCAGCACUCACAAAAUCAGCCAACACAUAUCACCGAACAAACACCUCAGCCCCAGAUCAGCCAGAAUCCAUUCAGAAAUGAGAACAGCCUUUUGGAUUGCAAUGUCUUCUGUGAUGACAGGCAUUGCGGAAGAGGCCCGGGUUCACCUGUACAGGUGAUCAAAGGUAAAAGCAGGUCUAAAUCCCGCUCAUCUUUAUCAGUCUCGGAAACAGCCAGACAGUGUCUGCAGUCAAACAAGCCGACCAACCGAAGCCACAGUGAUGUCUAUCCAGAGAUCAUUCCCAUGUUGCCUGCUAUCCACGGAAUUAAACACACAGCUGACUUGGUAUCCCCAAAAUUAAACAGACCACAAGAAGCAAGGAAGGUCUCCUUAUCUGGAAAAGCUGGAGCUCCAGUUGUAAAUGGAGUGGAGCUCCAGAAGCUCCAGCACUCCGAUCAGCCAACGACUGGCCAGUCUGUGACUGAAAUUCAGGGCAUUUAUAUUUCCCAGGACCCCACGAUCAAGAGCCUUCUUCAGCUAGGCAUCAUCUGCCUCCCAGGCGGUCGCGACAGAGCUGGCCGGGCUGUGGUUGAGGUGUACGGGGGCAGAAAUGGCUGGAUUUCCCCUCAGGUUUCUCCUCUGGAGCUCUGCAGAUUGUUGCUGUACCUGCACUCCAUUCCCAGGUCGGAGGUCAGAGAGUUGGGUCUGACUGUAGUGAUUGACAGCAGGAAGUGCCCUUUAACCUCUGUGUUCUACAAAUCACUGCUCAUGGUUCAGGAGCAGGCCCUUCAUGCAGUGCACACUAUCUUGAUGCUUGUUGAUAAAGAUGCAAAUCCUCGACCAGAAAAGCAUCCUGGUCUGCAGAUAGAUGUUGUGACGUCACUGAAAGCUCUUCAUAAGACAGUGGAUGGACAUCAGCUGACCUCUGACCUCUCCGGAAGCUUCCCGUACAGUCAUGAAGACUGGCUUCAGUUUCACCAGAAACUUUCCCUCUUUCAAAUCGAACUUGAAGCAGCGUCUUCACUACUACAUACCGCAAUCAGGAGACUGGAUGUUAAAAGAACAGACACUGCAAAGGAUGUCCAGUCCUGCAUCCAGGAGCAAAGGAGUUCUAUGAAGAUGGUGCUUGAAGACACGCGAUUAGUUGCGCUGCAGAGAGAGGGCGGGGCUAUCCUGGCCAGGAUGAGGAGGGAGGAGUCUCGAUUCGCCCAUUCUGAGGACUUCAGAGACUCUCUGGAGUCAGUGACGUGUCUUUAUGACCAGGUGGAAGAGUCCGUUCACACGCUGGUGAUGAAGUCCAACCAGUCUCUGCAACACCUCGAACACGUUCUUCUGCUGAGGGAAACUCAAGACUCGCUCCACACCAUCCAAAAAUGGUGUGAUGCAGAAGAGCGGUUAUGGCAGAAAGACAAAGACGACGCAGAGAAAACCCUGCAGAAGAUCCAGCAGAGACUUCAAGACACACAGACCCUCCUCAGACAAGCAAAGGAGAAUAAAGAAAGAGGGAUGUUGCUGAUAAAGGACGUGGAGAGGAAAAGCAAAGGCACACAUUAUCCUGAAACGGAUGCGUUUAGAUGUUACACCACUGGGUUUAAAACCAGGAUGACAGGGUUUCUCCUGAAAGCAGAAGAGCGUAAAUCUGAUCUGCAGACAUCUGUGGAUCUCUAUCGCUUCUGUGAGGAGGCCUCGUCUCUUGUGAAGGAGUGUAUGGAGUAUUUAGAUCACAUGAAGUCCUCAAACUCCCCGAUGAGCGUCUGCUGGAGUUCCCUGCAUGCAUUUGAGCAGCGUUUUCAACAUUUCUCACCCCAGCACUUUCAGGACAGGAGCGCCGCCCUGCUGGAGAGGCUUCCGGAUGGGAUCUGGAUGUGGAACGCAGUGCAGACUCAAUGCCGAGACAUCCGACAGCGGCUCUCCGAGAUCCUGCAGGCCGCACACACACACAAGGACAGCCAGGACGAGGCACAAUUGAACCCUGUCAGCGGUCAAACCCAAAAUAGAGCCGCCGAACAGGGUGAUAAUGAGACACUGACGUAUUUACAGUCUGCAGAGGGAUCAAAGUUUGAGCAAGUAAUGACUUCAAGCGUGCAUGAACAAUCUGCAUCACGCAUUCAACAAUCUGUUGAAUGCACAGAACAAGAAACAAGACAUUUGCAUGAAACUAAAGACAAAUUACACAAUGCCUCAAGCAUGCAUAAUGAAUCUACAUCACAUGCUCAACAAUCUGUUCAAUGCACAGUCCAAAAAGCCAGUAUGUUGCAGGAAACUAAUAAUACAUCACGCAAUCCAAGCAUGCAUAAAGACUCUGCAUCACAUAUUCAGGAAUCUGUUCAAUGCACAGACCAAAACACAAGUCAUUUGCAUGAACCUCAAGCUAUAUCACACCAUCCCUCUGACAGAAAGUUAAAAGAGCAUCAUCAUAAACACUCUCACAGUGACGAUGAUCUCAGAAAAUCAGGACGGAUCCAUAAGUUUGGUCAAACAGCACAUUAUAAAGUCUUCAUCCGCUCUCAAAGUGCAGAAUCCUGCUUGCGAGGCUACCGUUAUAACAUUCCUCUGUGCAAAACCGAUGCUGCAGCCUCCUGUGUUGGAGCAUCAUUAGAAGGACUGAGCUCUGAACUCAAUCAGCAUGACAGUUUCUGCUCCAGCGCUUCGGGAUUCAGCCAAAAGUGCAGCAGUGACUGCGGAUCUGAGGAUCACGGCUCAGGAGUGAGAUGUUCAGAUAACGCGUUUACAAAGCAGGAGGAGUCCGUCUGCAAGCCUGAAUGUAUACUGGAGAACACCAGCACUGCACUUAAACUGCAGCGGAUCAUGCAGGAGUUGUUGCAGACGGAGCAGGAGUAUGUUCGGGCUCUGGCGUAUGUGGUGGAGAACUAUAUGCCGGAGCUGGAGCGUCCCGACGUGCCGCAGGACCUGCGCGGACAGAGAGGAUUAAUCUUCGGGAAUCUGGAGAAGCUGCGAGAUUUUCACCAACAUCACUUUAUUCAGGAGCUGGAGCUCUGUCUGGAAAAGCCCUUCAGUGUGGGACGCUGCUUCCUAAAACACAAAGAAAGUUUCGGUCUUUACGCCUUAUAUAGCAAGAACAAGCCUCGCUCAGAGAACCUGCUCAUCCAGCACGGCAAAGACUUCUUUAAGCAGAAGCAGCAGCUGCUGAAGGAUGCUCUGGACUUGUCUUCAUAUCUGCUGAAGCCGGUGCAGCGCAUCAGCAAAUACAGCCUGCUGCUGCAGGAUCUGCUGCGUGAGUGUGAGUGUGUGACAAAUGCAGAACUGCAGCGCACAGAAAUACACACCGCUUUAAACAUCAUCCAGUUCCAGCUGCGGCACGGAAACAAUCUGCUCGCCAUGGACGACAUCUACGGCUGCGAUGUGAAUCUGAAGGAGCAGGGUCAGCUGAUCCGUCAGGACGAGUUUCUGUUGACCUUCAGGAAGAAGAAAUGUUACCGUCACAUUUUCCUCUUCCAAGAUUUGAUCCUCUUCAGCAAAACUCGCAAAACUGACGUCGGAAACGACACGUACAUCUACAAACAGUCCUUCAAGACGUCAGACAUCGGGAUGACUCAUAACUCUGGGGACAGCGGACUGUGUUUCGAGAUCUGGUUUCGGAGGAGGAAGACUCAGGACACGUAUGUGCUUCAGGCUGCGAGUCGGGAGGUGAAGGAGAGCUGGACCAGAGAUCUGGAGAGGAUUCUGUGGGAGCAGGCCAUUCAUAACAGAGAGAUCCGGAUGCAGGAGCGAGUGUUCAUGGGAAUCGGACAUAAACCCUUCAUGGACAUCAAGCCCAGUGAGAUGGCCAUCAGUGACCGAGCCAUCAACUGUGUGCUCACAGGACGAGGUGGUGUUUCUGUCCUCCGCCUGAACUCCAUCGGCUCGGCCAGCGGCACCUCGUCCUCUGGAAGUCAGUCGUCCUGCUCUUCUGGAUGGGGGUCUCCAUCUACGUCUGCUGUGUGUCCGGUGGGAGGAGAUGAUGUUCGGUACAUUCAAGAGACGUCGGGGAUCCUGGAGGAAGAUGAUUUAGACCAGGAGAGUGGAAACCACAGCACACUCGUGGCGAGUUCAGAGUCGUCUGGUGAAAGCGUCAGCUGUUUCAGCACUUCAGCUCACAGCUGCUCGUCUGUCAUUGGUGGAGACUGUGAACACACUCCGUCUGAGCUGGGAAAGCAACACAAACAAGACCACCUUAAAACCACUAAUCAAACCAGAGACCAGAGCGGCUCUAAAGUACAAUCGUCAAUCGGAAAGUCAACUGAAGUGUAACCCAUCAUGUUUGUCUGUACUGUAAUAAUAGCAUCAUGUGUUUUAUGUUUUCAUAUAAUCACUAUCAAUCAUGUAACACUCUAAAAUAAAAGGUAUUUAUUUAUUCUCUGUCUGACUGUGUAACAUUGUUUUACAGCACUAACUUUUCAUUUUAAAAACCUACACAAUCCAUUGAAUCAUUGUUUUAGACUGUUUUUGAUUAGGUUUGUUGUACAGAUUUGUUGUAAAACCGACAUCUGUAAUCUGUAUAUAAUAAAAGUCUUUUUGAUUUGC